AUGGCGACCAAUGGGGACUCCGGCCGAGGAUCGGGCAGCUUGGUUGAUGCGUCUGGCUAUACAUUUACGGAUAAGGACACCAAGCCCGGCAAGAUCAAGGUGAAAAAGACAUCCAAGGCGUCCACCAAGAAGAAAGCAGAUGAUCCCAAAGAUGGACCCGCCGACGUCUCACCUACCUCCUCCCCUCUUCCCGUCAUUGACAGCAAGGUCAUCACCGCAUUCCCGACCGGCAAGCCACGCGAGGAAGAUCUACUCGAGACCGUCAUUUGCAAGGUAUGCAGGCGCCCUACGCUCAAAUCCACGGCGGCGGAGCAUGUCCGUGGCUGCUUGAAGGCGAAACAAGAGAAAGCGCGCAAGAAGAAGGAACUGCGCGAUGCGGCGAACCGCGCCAAGGCCGGCGACGACAAAGACGACGAUCCCCACGAUAAAGAUGGAGACGGCUCUAUGAUGGGCCAGAAGAGCGCCAAGAAGAGCGCUGUCAAGGGCACCGACGACAACAGGAAGGGCAAGAAACGCAAGGCGGACGAGGAUGAUGGCAAGGAGCCCAAGAAAAAGAAGAAGAAAGACGAAACCAAGCCAAAGACAGCCAAACCUAAAGGUCCUGUCGAUGUUGAAAAGCAGUGUGGUGUCACGCUAGGGAACGGCGCGCAGUGCGCUCGUUCUCUAACCUGCAAGAGUCACUCGAUGGGCGCCAAGCGCUCAGUGCCUGGGCGCACGUUGCCAUACGAUAUGCUGCUUCAGCAGUAUCAGAAGAAAAACCAGGCCCGUCAGCAGAAGGCCGCUAUCGAUGCCAAUGCUCCUUUGCAAGAAGAUAUCGAGAACACAGGUCCUGUGGACUCCGACGAAGAGAGAGACUCUGUCAUGGCUGCUAUCGCACGUUCGGCACCUCAGCCUCUUGUUCAACACCCGCUCAUUACCACCAAGUCAAAAUAUCGUUAUGUCCGCAUCAAAGAGCAAAUGUCACAUGCCAUGGGAGUCCGAAAUGGUGGUGGACUAUUUUCGAAUGACGACAGCCAGCCUCUUUUUGGAAGCCAGCUGUUUGGGUUCCCUGCUGCUGAUGUUGAGAACUCUUCCGUUGACGCCCACGGAGAAGUAGACGACAUGGACGUCGGCGCGAGAGCUGCUGUUUCAGGCACUCGCAAAACCCCGAUCACGGCAGGGUAA